AAAACAUAGGCACCGGCAUUCAUCAGGAACGGUUUAGUUUGUUUGUCUGUUUGUUUUAGUGCAUGUUGUAAAAUAAGUGCUUGGGUUUUAUUUUUUUUGGUUUUGAUACCGAAAGCAGGAAGCAGCUUUUAAACGGCGAUAAAACAGCAGGCACGCUGUGACAUAAGCGAUGAAGAGGGACAGAAAUAGAUCAAUUACUUGUGUGGAAGUUCGCUCCUACAGCAACUGUGGCUCAGCCGCCGCUGGCGGAUCGCUGCCGCAAUAAACGGAGCAGCGCAGCAGCGUAGACCUACAACAUCCGGGCAAUAGUCAGCCUGCGCAGAAACGGAAUGGCGGAGAUGGGUCAAAGGCCUACCUGCGUGGAAGUUGUGGCCUAGUGGAGGGGGGAUGAGCUACAGCGAUGAAGGCUAUCAUCAGCAUCAUCAUCAUCAGGCCUUAAGAGGAGCUGGAGGAGACGUUACCCCAUGAAGAUGGCAGCACACUCCCACACUGCCAGUGAGCUUCCGUUGGAGGAGCUGCUGGCGUUGUAUGGCUACUCGGUGUCAGACCCAGAGAAGGACAGCUGUCACGUGGCUGCCAGCCUGCCAGAUAUGACACGGCACAAGGAUCAAAUAACAGACGAUCCCUUUCCUGGGGAGGAGAAACAAGCAUCAUCGGCUGAUUAUCUCGCCCCCCCAGUCACCUCCAACACCUCAGAUCUGCUCCACCACCUCCAAGGCGGCGACAAAGACACAUCUGUGAACUCAUCAGACGAGGAGUCGGACGGCGUCUCCAGCGCCUGCAAUGAAGAACGCAAGGAGAUCAUGGUUGGUUCUAUGUACCAGGCCAAAAUCCCCCCGCUCAGCGCGUUUAGCUACCAUGAGGGUGGUAAGGAACUAACUCUAGAUACUGGAGUCGGCAGCGGCCAGGACCAGUUGUUGUGGAGGCCCGGUGUUCUGCCCGUGCAGGAAGUGGAGGAGUUCCUGGUGAAUGCACAGAGACCCCGCAGCCAAGAGGGGGCAGCGUGCACCCGAAUACGGGAUUCCACCGUUCAAGACAACGAACAGGCUCUGUACGAACUGGUCAAAUGCAACUUCAGCGCAGACGAGGCGCUGAGACGACUGCGCUUCAACGUCAAGGUGUUCAGUGACGAGCUGUGCGCCUGGAGCGAGGAGGAGUGCAGGAGCUUCGAGCACGGCUACCGGGUCUACGGGAAGAACUUCCACCUCAUCCAGGCCAAUAAGGUCCGAACGCGCUCCGUGGGCGAGUGCGUGGAGUAUUACUACAUGUGGAAGAAGUCGGACCGGCACGAGUACUUCACCCAGCAGGCCACCAGGAUCACCCGCAAGAAGUACAGCCUGCAGACAGGCGGCCUGGAGGAUGGCGACCCGGACGGGGAGGCUGGCGAGCUGGAGGAGAGCAGCCCCUCGUCGGGGUUGUUGUCCGGCAGCUCCGUGGGGCACCGGCACCUGGAGUCUCCGUUCCCGCCCCAGUCCAACCUGGACCUGGAAAGACAAGAUGGGGCGCUGGUGAUGGGAAUGUCGGAGCUGUGUGGCGAGGCGUGUCCUCAGCAGCUGAUUGGCUGCUGUCCUCUCUCUCUCCCACCUGCGGGCGACCUGCAGGAUCCUGGCUCCGCUCCGGUCCCUCCCCAGUCCCAGUCCCAGCCUCGUGCCCAGAGCUCCCGCUGGGCCUGCCGGGGCCGUCCCAGCCUCCCAGGGUCCUGCUUCUACCGCCUGCACAUGCUCGGCGGACCUUUUGCCCCCGGGGGCCCUGACUUUGCGGCAGCCGGCGGCUCCGGUGCCCCCCGCGGCUCGCAGGUGGAGUUCAGCCUGCCGUCUACCUCGCCUCCAUCAUCCGCUGCGCUCUCAUCACACUUCCAGGCAUUCAUCCCGUCCAGCAUCCCGGCUCUUUCACACAGCGACGGGACUUGAGGAAUCUAAAUGUAGUGGUACUCGAUGUGCUCAAAGGUAUUAGUCUGUGUUGGUAUUCACAGCGGACAGAACAUGCUUUUAUCUACCUUUGGUUCAGGCUGUAGGCAACAGUUGGACUGUUACUCAUCUUUUUAAAUCGAGACACUUGAAGCUUCUGUCCAAGCGGUAAGAACUAUUUUCAUCUGUGGAUUAAUUGUUUAGUCACAGUUUACUGCCACAACCUGCACAAGAACAAGCAACGGACAUCUGAGUGGAUACCGUGGACACGUAGAGUGGAACCGGUCCGUAUCCGUCUGAAACAGCUCGGAUGCUGAAGUUUGACUGCUGCUCACGUUUUUACGAACUCCUUUCAACAGUAAUCAAAUGUGUCUUUACAGUCACUCGGCUGCCUGUUGCUGGAACACGUGACGUAAACCGGUUGAUGUUUUAAUGUUCCACUUUCAUCCUUCGUAUGUCUGUGCUUCUGUGGACUUCCAGCCUUUUACAAUGUCACUGUUCCUCAUAUAUAUAUUUCCUGGAGUUUCUCGACAUGAAGCAGCGUCGGAGCAGCAAACAGCACAGUGUUUUUGCAGACUCGGUUUUAGUUUUGGCUGUCGUGUUUUUUUUUUCCCCCAAGAAUUCAUUUAUGACUCACAUUCAGGCACAAUGAAACAAAUAGAGCCAGCAAGUCCCCACCUUUUAUGCAGAUAUUCAUCAAAUCAGCAGAAGUCUUCUGAAUUGACACGUUGUUGUCGUUGAUGUUGUUGUUGUUGUGGGUAAAUUACGUUAUCACAAAUUACACUGGGGUCCAAAGAUCAUCCUGUUUCAGCAGGUGCACACAAACAGCUGUUGAUGUUUAACAGGCGGAACAAAUAAUACUUGUCAUUAAUUACUUGAGAUUAUGUUUCCAAUGAGAGAAUAAUGCAGGUUCCUGUCAGCGGACUCCAGCGCCUGUUUAAAACCAGCAACGAGGAAGCAACAUGCAAUCCGUGUAGAUUGUACCUGAUGUAGUGAAAUAUAUAGAAGAAUAUCCUGGAUGUUAUUAUUUUAGAGAACAAGCUUCAAGCUAAUUACUGGAAGGGCUUUGAAGUGCCUCUUAUUGGAAACAAUUAAUAAGUUUUACUGUUCAUUUAGUUUAUUUAUAAAGACAAACACAUGACUUUUUGUCUGUCACACAGGUACAUCCCAUCUGUGCUUCUGUCUAUCCCUUGUUUCUGUGAACAGCCUCUUUCUGUGAUCCCUGUUUAAAGCCGAGCUGGUUUCAGAUCAACGUUUGUUUUGUCUUCGACUGUUUACAUUGGGGAAACGUUCAGGAGAGAAGACUAUGAAGGCAGGAAAUGGAUUAAAAAGACUGCCUUUGUUAAUUGUUUUUAAAAAAAACUUUUGCAAUUUAUAUAUUGUACUGCUUCUGUUAUAUUUGUUUAUAAUUAUUAUAUUUUGAAGGCAAUUAUUAAAAUAAAUAAUGGUGUAAUAUUA